AUGGUUUCAGCUGGUGGAACCUUAGCAAUUGGAUUCUGCAGUAUCCCUGAAAGUUCCAAGAACCGUUACCUCGGAAUAUGGUACAAUAAAGUGCCAUCUAGGGCAGUAGCAUGGAUUGCCAAUAGAAACACUCCACUUAAUGACUCGUCCGGGGUCUUGAAGUGCUUGGAUUCAGGGAACCUGGUUGUGAAGGAAGAUGGGAGCAAUGAUGAUGAUUUGAAGAGUUUUAUUUGGCAGAGUUUUGGUUACCCUUAUGACACGCUGCUGCCAGGGAUGAAACUGGGAAGUGACUUAACAACAGGCCUUACAAGGUACCUAACAUCACCGAUUAGCUCUGAUGAUCCUUCUGAAGGUAACUAUACUCAUCAGCUUGACAUUGUUGGAUAUCCACAAUUAUGCACAAGGAAGAUAUAUGUUACACAUAUGAGCUGCUUAUUCAAGGCUUGUGCUAUUUGCAGGAGGAUCAUUAUUCUUUAUGUGUGGAUUGUUAAGCAUAAGAGUUGGAGUGUCUAUCUAACAUUACCAAAUGAUCUAUGUGAUGAAUAA